AUUCGUGUAAUAAUUGCUAAGCUAUUUCCUGUCAUUUUUGUCUGGUAGGCCGGUAUUGUUUUGCUGUGAUUGAAGUUAAAAGUAGAAAUAUUGUUCAAGACAAUGUCUUUAUUGAGAAGUUUUCAAAGAUCCUGGCUUGUUUGGGUUUGGCUUGUGACGGUAUUUUUCCUGAGUGGUCUUAUUGUCAACUUUAUUCAAAUCCUAACAUUACCUCUGUGGUAUAUCUCACGUAACGUCUUCAGGCGUGUUAAUGCUGUAUUGUGCUACUCACAUUGGGCAAUGCUCACGUUUGCUGGAGAAUGGUGGGGAAAACUCGAUUUGAAAUUCUAUGGAAAGAAGGAAGAUUAUGAUAAGCUUGGCAAAGAACAUGCCUUGGUUUUACCAAACCAUCGAAGUGAUAUCGAUUGGAUGAUAGGAUGGAUCAUUUGUGAACGAACUGGGAUACUAGGGGGUACUAAGUGUUACAUGAAGGGCUAUCUAAAAUACUUGCCUGUGCUUGGCUGGAUGUGGUGGUUUGCAGAAUAUGUUUUUCUAAAAAGAAGUUGGGAUUCAGACCUUCCAGUGUUGAAAAGAAGUUUGGAACAACUGAAAGAUUUCCCUAUUCCAAUUUUUCUUGGAAUAUUCCCAGAAGGGACUCGCUUCACCGAAGCUAAACACCAGAGCAGUUUAGAAUUCACAAGAUCUAAAGGAUUACCAGAACUACAGCAUCAUCUUUUUCCAAGAACAAAAGGUGUUGCAAUCACAUUGAAAUAUCUCAAAGAUCUUGUUCCAGCUGUUUAUGACAUUGAAUCUGCAUAUCCUUCAGACAGCAAUCCAACAUUAAAACAUUUGUUGCAAGGUGGCAAAUGUGAGGCUCAUCUUUUCAUAAGGCGGAUCCCAAUUGAGGAUAUCCCUUGUGAUACAGAUGAAGAAGUGUCUAAAUGGUGCCGUCAGUUAUUUAUUGAAAAGGACAAGUGCAUGUCCGAUUUUUUCAAGAAUGGUAAAUUUUCAGCGAAGCAAGUGGAGUUACCCAGAAAGAAACGAAAUCUCAUCAUCGUGAUUUCGUGGAACAUCGUUCUAGCCGUUCCAAUAUUUUACGUUUUGUAUUCGUUGUUGCGUUCAAAUCUGUUCGUCUCUGUGCCUGCAGUUGUUGCCUGUCUAUUAAUAGGAUACAUUCUACUGCGAGUGCUUCUUCACUUCAGCGACUCGAAGAAAGGCAGUAAGUUUGGUUUAAAACAAAAUGGCACAAAACAAAAUGGUACGAAGGAACAGCCCAAGGAAGAGAAUGGUUUUCAAAAGAUGAGCGGAGGGAAAAAGUUGGAAUAAAUCUUAUGUACGAAGCACGGUUGGAUGUUUUUUUCCUCUUAUUAUUUCCUAAGUGAUUUGAAAAUGAUUAUUGGUGAUUUCAUGAAAGUCUAAGGAAACAUUUGAACGAUUUUUCCAACGGAUCAUGGAAGAAGUCCACAUUACCAGGAUUUCUUCUUCCCUUGUUGCAAAGCACUUCCAUCAACUUUCCUAACCAAUCACAUUCAUCCACUCUGGUAUCUACAAGAACCACGAACUGAUUGACACAAAAAGUAUCGUUUUAGCCUUGUAAAGAAAUAAAAUUAUGUAAAUACGAUGAGGGAGCACACUGGAAGAGAUUGACUAGAGACACCUUCCAUUUCCAAUUCUUUUAUAUACACAAAUUAGAGCAAGCUUGUUGGUUGAGAAUUUAUUAAAACUCAAUAACAUUAACGUAGUCCCUAUAAAUACUUCAAGUUAAUCCCCCUAAAAAUAU